AUGCAGCUAAAGUUUUUUUAUGAAAAAAUAAAAGAUGAAGCACUUUAUAUUGCAAAAAAUUAUUUAGAUGUGAAAAAACCUAUGAUAAUAACCAAAGAACAAGAAAUUGAAUUUGAAAAAGAAAAUAACUGUCAUAUAUGUGAAAAAUUUUUAAGUGAUUCACCACCAAUACUAAAAAUUCCAGGUAAAUUUAAAGAUGAACUUAAUGGUCAAAUAAUGACAGAGGUUGUUGGGUUAAGAUCUAAAUUAUAUACAUAUAAAAUAUUUGAAAAUAAAAAUCAAAUUAAAAAAGCAAAAGGUGUGAAAAAACCUAUAGUAAAAAAUUAA